AUGGUCUCUGGCAACGUUGCCAGACGCUAUCCCUCACCGGAAUCACUUUCCACAGACACGUCUGGCUCACAGACACCCAUCAAGCGCGCCGAUCACUCCUCCAGUCAAUCUGACGAUGGCAGCACUAGCGACCGGCCCUCCAAGCGUCGCAAAACCGCUGUGACCAAAGAGCGCACAACCAAGUACCUCAACCUCUCCAAGUCGCAAGUUGACUUUACGCCCGAAGACACCGAGCAGAUGGGCCGUUUGCUAUCCGCCCUACAAAGGAAGAAGAAAAUCGUCGUCGUCGCCGGUGCUGGCAUUUCCGUCUCAGCUGGUAUCCCUGACUUUCGGUCCUCCAAAGGUCUCUUUGCCACCACCAAGAAACAGUAUAAGGUUAAAUCUUCGGGCAAGCACCUUUUCGAUGCAUCCGUCUACAAGCACGACUCGUCAACUCAAUCCUUCCACAAUAUGGUCCGCGAUAUGGCCGAGAUGUCUGCCAAGGCAGUUCCUACUCCAUUUCAUCACAUGUUGGCAUCUCUCGCUCAAGAGGGUCGUCUUCUCCGCCUUUACUCACAGAAUAUCGAUUGCCUCGAUACUCAAAUGAAGCCCCUGGAAACAAAAGUACCUCUCAACCCCAAGGGUCCAUGGCCCAAGACGAUACAGCUGCACGGUGGCCUGCAACAUAUGGUCUGCACCAAAUGUGCCGAAUUAUCGCCUCUGAAAGCUGAACUUUUCAACGGGCCCGAGCCUCCACUGUGCGCGUCCUGUACAGAGCAGGACUCGAUUCGCACAGUCUACGGUGGCAAGCGCAGUCAUGGCAUUGGUCGCAUCCGGCCCAGGAUUGUUCUCUACAAUGAAUACAAUCCCGACGCAGAGGCCAUUGGCGACGUAUCUAGUGCUGACCUGCGGGCACGUCCAGACGCUGUCAUUGUUGUUGGCACCACGCUCAAGGUUCCUGGCACGCGAAGACUUGUCAAAGAACUCUGCCAGGUGACUCGAGGCAGAAAAGACGGAUUCACCGCAUGGAUCAACCUCUCGCCAGAGCCGAAGGGCAUGGAUUUAAAAGACUGCUGGGAUAUGGUAGUCCAGUCCGAGUGUGAUAAUGUUGCCCACCUCGCCUCCCGGUCACGUUCGGUCGACAUAGGUAAUGCCUACAUUGUAUCCAACAAGCAGGAGCUUGACGCCAACACGACCAACAUCGAGGUCAGCCUGUCCUCUACAUCGCCCGCCAUGGAUGACAGUAUCGUCGACAAAUCGCAACCCAACAUAGAAGAUGAACUAGCUAUCCCGACGCCAAAACCCAGUCCCAAACUCGCAGCCGCCAAGACACUAAAGCAAUCCAAGCUUGCCUUUGGUAGCCCCGACAAGGACGCCGCACGCAAAACGAAAGGGGACUCUAAACCCCGAACACGCAAGCACAAGAACACAAAGUCGACUAUUAUGGAUAGUUUCAAAACGGGUAAAAGGAUACCCACCGGCAAGGACCUCGAUGCGAAAACCGCGGCGAAGAAACCCACUGUCAGUGUGUCUGGUCCGACUGUGUCAACUAUGACGCUACUACCCCGCGACGCUAUCCAGUCCGAAGAGCCCGCAACACCGUUGUCCGCGAGAUCGAUCGACGAGGGGACGAUUUCACCCCCGUCAGUACCCAAUGGCUUCGAGGAGCUGAUCGCGUAA